UCUACGGAUUUUUAUAUACAUCCCCCAAUCAAGAACCCUAAAUCUGCAAACCCCCAAAUCCCUUUAUUCACACAACAAUUUCUCGUCAACCGGACACCAUGUCAUUCGAAGACGAAGAGGAGUCAUUCGAGCACACACUCCUUGUCGUCCGAGAAGUUUCUAUCUACAAGAUCCCGCCAAGAUCCACUAGCGGGGGUUACAAGUGUGGUGAGUGGCUUCAGUCUGAUAAGAUCUGGUCGGGUAGACUCCGAGUCGUGUCCUGCAAAGACCGAUGUGAGAUCCGGCUUGAGGAUCCCAAUUCUGGGGAGUUGUUUGCUGCCUGCUUCGUCUAUCCUGGGAAGCGAGACAAUUCCGUCGAGCCUGCGCUCGAUUCUUCGAGGUACUUCGUGCUUAAGAUCGAGGACGGAGGUGGAAAACACGCAUUCAUAGGGUUGGGAUUUAAUGAAAGGAACGAAGCAUUUGAUUUCAACGUUGCGUUGUCUGAUCAUGAUAAGUAUAUCAAGAGAGAGGAGGAUGGCGGCAGUAGCAGCGAAUCCAGUGACGAGAAUCACAUUGGCAUUCAUCCAGCAGUUAAUCAUAGAUUGAAGGAAGGCGAAACUAUAAGGAUAAAUGUUAAGAACAAACCAGCAAGUGGAACUGGCAUGCUUUCAGCUGCUGGGGUCUCUGGACCUGUUGGAAAGCCUAAGCCAUUGGGCCUUGCUCCUCCACCAGUAGGGGGUGUAAAAAUAAGAUCUCCUUUGCCACCCCCACCAAAUAAUGAUCCUUCUCUCAGUCGCAAAGUUUCUAGUGGGGCUGUUCUGAAGCCGCCAACAGAAACUCCCAGGAAUUCAACAGAUGCAUUUUCUGACUUUUCUCAACUUCGGAUGGAUCUUCCUUCGAGUACUGGAUCAGGCACAAAGACGGGUGCAGCUGGAUGGGCAGCAUUUUGAGCUAUGUAUAACUUGUGAUAAUAUUCUUCAGAUUGUUAUUUCUUUUAAAAACAGAAAUGAGAAAAGAAAAAUAGUUGGCUGAAAGUCAUGUUUUGAAUGUGAGAUAUUUGGGGAAAAAUGUAUGAUGAUAUACUUUUUCUUUCUUUGAUCGGCAUGUCUGAAACAUUUUACUCUAUUCUUAAAGGAUAUAUAUUCUUAUACGUAAAACAUGUUUUCCUCGGAAAUAAAUUCCUUUGUGGUU